AUGAAAUUUUCCCUAAGAAUUGAAAGCUGGCCGGCUUGUGUUGAUUUAUAUUUAGCAGUGGAUGCGGUUCAAGCUGAGGACCAAGAAGAGAUGGGGUCGAGUUCAGGCUUUGCACAACAUUGUGUUUGCGGUACAAACCCCACUAUAUUCUGCUGUUCCAUGUUUCUUGCUGCCAAAUUUCAAAAAGUGAAACUUCCUGCACAGAAGGAAAAAGGUCAUCCGCAGAUGCUCAAGUUGUUAGAGCAGGACAGAAAACAGACACUACCGCCUACACAUGAAAGUUUCACUAAGUCUACAGCCGUAGCUGGAAAGAUGAACAGUAGUCCACAAUCCUGUAUCUCAGACGGAUGCUUUGCCAUAAGGCAAUCUAGCAAAGUAGCCAUGUCCGAGAAUGAUGAGCGCAGCAAACCUCCAGCCUGUGGUAGAAAAGACAUUUGUGUAAAAGAAGUUUUACCAUCUCAAACAAGUGAUAGUGCUUCAAGUAGCAUUGUCGAGGACGGGGAAGGUGAUAGUCAUCCUAGACAUGUGGAAUCUGAUCAUGACCCUGGCUGCAAAAUUAUUUCUGUUCACGACACCUAUCGUAAGAUUGAUGCUAUCCGAAUUAGAGAAGCAUUGAAGAGGAGAAAAUUUGAUGUAGCUGCAAACAGAAAGUUUGCGGCAUCUAUUAACCCUGAGAUAGAUGAUGGCGAAGCCUGGAUAGAGAGAGAGCUGGAAAAGGGAAUAGAGUUGGAAUCUGGCUCUUCCAAAAGGAAAUGGGGCAAGUCUUGUGAAUUUCUAAUACAUUGA